AUUUAUAAUAUUGUUCGUAGUAAAAUUCGAAUUUUAAAAAAUUAUAAACAAUAAAAGGUGCAUUUUAAAUUGUGGCAAAUAUUUUUCAAGUUCGAUUUUGUAUUUUUUUUUUUAUUAUUAAAAGAAUGUUGAAGUCUAUAGCAGUCUUCGCGAUGUUCCUGGUGUGUUGUUAUUGUUUCGAAAGUAACGAAUUAUCGGUUUUGGAAUCAAGAGCCAAAAAGAAAAAGAGUUCUGCGAAACUGAUUGGCCUGAUCCUACUGCUGGUGUUCUCAAAAGUGGCAAUCUUCAAGGCGGUGUCAGUGUUCCUCAUGAUGACGGUCUUCCAAAAGCUGUUCUCGUUCGGCGGCCUGGUGCUCCAGUACUUCAUGAAGAUGAAGGCGGAGAAGCCGAAGCCCGCGCCGCUGUACGGAGCGCCCACGCAGGGUUACGACACCGUGGGCUACAGCUAUGGCCCACCAGACCGCGAGCCCUUGCGCCAGGAGGGGUAUCCUGGGAAGGACGUCGCCAGCUCCUUGGAUUGGAUUUUGAAUAAACAACCCUAA